ACCAACAUUUCCGACAGCACGUGAACGCAGCACCAGUGCUGCGUUUGACACUUGCAGCCUGACCCGAGCUAAUGUUCAGCAUGUCCGAGAAGGAGCUGGGGAAAAAGUGGGACCGGUGCCUGGCAGACGGUGCCAUUAAAUUCGGUACUGGUCUGAGCUUAGGAAUCGUGUUCUCUGUCCUGUUCUUCAAACGGCGGACGUGGCCGAUUUCAUUCGGCUCAGGAGUGGGGCUUGGCAUGGCAUACGCCAACUGUCAGAAUGACCUGAGGUCACAUUAUCUGCAGCACAGAAGUGAAAAGGAGUAAGAGCUGCAAGUCAUCGAGGGACUGUCUUCUUCUUUUUUUUUUUUUAAUUUGUUCUUUUUGUUUUGUUUCGUCUGUGGGGAGUCACCAUUUGCACUGUUCUGCAGUUAGAACUCUGUUGAAC